CUACUUUCCGCCAUGUCAGCCCUCCUGUCCAUUGUUCAACCGCUUGGCUCGUAUGCAUCUACUUGCGGAUACUGUGGUGUAGAUGGCGAACGUAGUGAGCAGGCAACGAACUGCAUGGCUUCCAGUCUCAUGCCAUAUCAGCUAUCCUGUGAUGUGUACCAGAAGAUGAUAGACCGUGGAUGGAGGAGAUCAGGGACGUACUGCUACAAGCCCGAUCUCAGAAGGUCGUGCUGUCCUCAGUACACAAUCAAACUGGAUGCAGUGGCGUUUAAGCCAUCGAAGAGUCACAGGAAGCUUUUAAGUCGCUGGAACCGAUACGUGCUUGGCAGCGACCAAGGUAAGAGCAUUCGGGGAGACGCUGUAAGGAAAGGACUCGACAGCGCGCCGUUUGAAUUAACACAAUCCAUCCAUGUUUCCGAACGACAGUAUGUGAUCAGCGGCGAACCGGCGCAUCAUUUUGAGGUCACCCUAGAGCUCUCGAGCUUCACAGAAGAGAAAUUUGCCCUAUAUCAGAGUUAUGAAAAGAAUAUCCACCACAAGGACGAUAAACAGCGAGCUAGUUUUACUUCAUUUCUCGUAGAUUCGCCACUUCACCGAGAGUCGAUACCGUACCCCAAGCCUCCUCCAAGCCACCUACCUCGCUAUUAUGGUGCUUAUCAUCAGCUGUAUCGGUUGGAUGGUGAAUUAGUGGCUAUGGGUGUGAUUGAUAUCCUGCCCAGCUGCGUCUCAAGUGUGUAUUUCAUGUGGGAAAAACGAUUCGAAAAGUUCUCGCUUGGCAAACUGAGUGCAUUGCGAGAAGCAUCUUUGGCUAGAGAAAUGUAUGAUGCUGGCAUCGUUGGAUUGUCUUCCCUAUACAUGGGUUUCUACAUUCAGUCGUGUCAGAAGAUGCGAUACAAGGGAGAAUACUUCCCGUCUUAUCUCGCUGAUCCCGAAGAUUUCAGCUGGCACCCUAUCGAGGUCUGUAGACCAUUACUAGAAAAGUAUAGGUAUGCUACAUUCGUAUAUCCGGAACAUUCGAACGCAGAUUCAGCUGGAUCUCCUGUGCUUCACCAGUCUGUGGUAGACCAGCCUACCCCUUCACAGGAAAACCUGGACCAAAUACUUGCGUUGAAGUCAAUUCGGGGCAAAGAGGUCAUCACAGUUCCUAUAAAUUCGACAAGAGAAUGGCGAAUGGUGGACACUCGCCGUGAUAUCUUGUCUACCAUCAGCGGUCUAGGCACUGAGCUGUCGAAGGAGGUAAUAUUCUAUCUGCAAUGAGUGGGUUGCCUGUGUGGUAGGACCGACAGCCUUCAACAGCAUGUAGAGUCUGUACUAUAAAUUAUAUCACAAGUAAAUGAGCAGUGGUCCC